AUGGUUUAUUACCAUAAAAAUCGGCCCCAAUGGUCUGAGGUAUUGAGCAUCCCCCUGCCGGUCUGUCCUUCUGCCAACCUUGAUGCUUCCUCGAUUUCCGGUUUCGGAAAUGGAUAUGAUGAGAUUGGCGUCUAUGGGUUGGAAUCCCAUCGUCCUUGUACACCGGAGGCGAGUGAAUCCGUCGACUCCCACGCUCAACUGGCAGGUGUGGAGCAGCUGGCUGGCCUUCCACACGGAACCCACCUACGAUUUAUUUGUCGGCAUCGCUCUACCACCAGUGGUUAG